AUGUCCGCGUAUCAGUCGCUGCACGGAUACGAGCCGCUGUCGUCCCCGGACGCCUUCAGGCUGCUCCUCCUGGAGCCCUCGGUUUCCCGCACCGCCCAACUCAGGGGAUCCCUACUCAACACUACCCUCGCCGCCUGCGAUUACGACCUGAUCGAUCCCUACACAGCCCUGUCUUACGUAUGGGGACCGCCAGAAAAGCCGUGUCGCAUUCGCCUUGAUGGCCAUGAUGGCCAUGAUCGCAAUCUUUUUGCCAUCACGCAGUCUUUGGAUGACGCCCUACGGGACCUGCGCGACGCCACGCGCAUUCGGAGGCUCUGGGCCGAUGCCCUCUGCAUUGACCAGUCGAACAUCCCGGAGCGCAACGCCCAGGUCAGCUUGAUGGGACGCAUUUACUCGACCGCCCACAGCACCGUCAUCCACCUUGGAAAUCUCCACCCCGGCCUGUCUGGUGUCCUGACUCUCCCCCGUGAAUCGACAUCCGACUCCUCCGAGGACGGCGGCGGUGACUUGGUCGCCCAAACCAGGAGGGGCCUCCUUGCCAAGCCGUGGUUCAAGCGCGUGUGGGUGCUCCAGGAACUCGUGCUUUCCAAAGACCCUUGGGUGCAAUGUGGCAACGAGCGAAUACGCUGGAACGUCUUUUGUCGUCAUUUUCUCGGCAACUCAACGAGUGCCUCGCAGGGACCUGACGUCGCCGCCGACGAGGAGAUGCGUGUCUUGUCGCAGAUGAACUCCAGCUGGAUCAGUCACGCGCGCCUCCCUCUCCAUCGCGCUGCCCAAGCCCGUCGGGGUCUCGGGGCCACGGAUCCGCGGGACUUUGUCUACGCUAAUUUUGGCAUCAUCAGUGACCUUGCUGUCGUCAAGCAAUAUCUAUGCGUUGACUAUUCCAUGUCAGUGGCCGAAACCUUUGGCAGAGUCGCCCGCUAUAUGUUUGAUCAACUGGGCGUCGAGGUGAUGAUGUCGCACGUUGACGAUGGACGGCCGGAGGACUCUGGACAGUUGCAAAUGGACAAACUUCCAUCAUGGGCACCUGACUGGACUCGCGCUGCUUCUGACACGGCUCCCAUGUACAAGGACAACCACUUGAAUCAUAUGAGGCUGAGGGGUACACAUCAUGCCUUCUCUGACGGCAACGGUCCCCAGGUGCUGGGUCACAUCGGCUACGAAGUUGACGUGAUAGAGAGCCUACACCGCAUGCGUGCCAGAGACGAGUCUUUGACUCUGCCGAUGGAAUACAGAGAGGCCAAAGCAGAUCUCCUUGCCUUGUACAAAAAUGCUUACGCGUCCGGGGACAAGUUUGGUUCUUACCGGCACGUCCCGCUUAAGGGAAAAGAAGCGGAACACGAAGCGCUCUGUAAGGUGAUGGGCAGCACCUGGACUCGGCUGCUUGGAUACCAGGGAGAUGAGUCCUCACCAACGAACUUCGGGCGUGUUAGUUUUGCUGGGUCUCUUUUCCACUGGAUAUCGGCCCGGGCGAAGGAGAGACGCGAGUUCGUCGGUUCGGGCGCUCGAGGGCUUAUCAAGAUCCUGUACUCGCACUUUGAGAGGACAAGGGGCCGGUCUGAGCUCGACGGCCGGUGCCUCGCCUCGACGCGAAGCGGGAGACUCAGCAUCGUGCCUCGAACGGCCGCGGCAGGCGACCGCAUCCCGUACCUGGCCGGCAGCGAGACAGCCGUCGUUCUCCGCCAGGCAAGCAGGCUGGGACAGGGAGAAGUCGAGCGAGCCUUGUUACGAUCACUUCGGCAUGCCGGAUGCGGUACAGUCACCGUGGUGAAGCCGGGUGGCGAAGAGGAGUUCUGGAGGGUGCCUGAGAAGGUAGACAUACCCGUUUCGCACUUUGAGGUCGUUGGUGAGGGUUAUCUCGAUGACUGCGCGGGUUGGACACUGAAGCAUCCCCCCAUGGCCUCGGACAUGCGUGUCUUUGCCUUACACUGA